AUGGCGCCCAGAGUAAACUGGCCGUUGCCUGCAGAAAAGUUUGUGCUGGACUGGAUCGAAGACAACAAGGGGCCUGGUGGGAAACUCCUACAAGACGGCGAGUCGGCUAUACAGGAGCUGGCAGAAAAUGACGACUUUCUCCAGCUUGUGCCGAUGCUGCAGCGCUGUACACCACCAGAAAGACUCCUCAAGAUCACUGAAAAGCUCAAGCGUAUGUACGACGAGUUCAGACUUCCUCAAUACCAAGAGCCACUCACUACAAUCUACAAGUACGGCGUCAAGAUAUUCAACUGGGACACAUUGGGUAAGAGAUAUGCGACUCUCUACACCCCGGAGGAGAUUGAGACUCGAAUCCAGUUGACCACCAGUGGGACGGCGAGCCCGCCCACGGAGACAUCGAGCACUCCACAGCCAGGUUCUAAACGCAAGUCUCCAGACGCAGAGACUGAUGAUCGCACCUCAAAACACUUUCGACCCUGCAACACCGGGACGGAUGAUGGAGAUGGCCACGCAGUCAUCGAUAAAACUAGAGAAAUUCCACCACAGUCGGAGCCUGUCUUACGUCGAGAGAUAUCCAGCGAUCAACAGCGACCUGCCCGGACACUGCCUGCUCUGCCUGCUCUGCAGCCAUUCGACCUACGAAACUUUUCAACGAUACGCCCUAAGAGCAAAACAGCCAACUUGCCCAAAGCCACUGAACUGCUUGAGCGCGGGUAUGAACGGCUCUCGUCCCAUGGCGCUAUCGAUGGUCAAUUGCGUGAGAUAUAUGACAAGAUCACAGAGGCUGUGAAAGACUUGGUCGAAGGCUCAGAAAUUGGCAAGGAUCAGCCAAUCUGCUUCGAGCCUGAGUCCGCAUACCCCGAUAAGCUCGCUCGUCUCAUGAUGGCCGUGCUGGGGUAUCCGGGCGACAGCGUGCGGGCCCGUCACGUCCUCUACCAACGACUGCAGCAGCAUAAAAUCAUUGGCUGGCACGUCUUCAUUCGUUCGUUGCUUGCUGCGGCUGUCACCCGGUGGUGUCUUGACGCUGGGCAGACCAAGUCCGACGCGAUGGGUGAGCAGAGCAUCUAUCAAAGCUAUGGUAAUGGUGUAGUUCAAAAGGUCCUUGAAAAUUUUCUGGACCCUGAGCUCGAGCUUGUCAUUCGAGAAAAGCUCUUGGUUGCUUACAUUGAUCAGAAUAUCAUACCCAAAAUCCAAUCACGCGCAGAAGACAUGGCUUUCAGGUUUCAAACCUUCGUCGAGCUGCUCCUUCCUAGGCUGGCCACCCGAGCACAACUGUCUCGAGGAACCGAGGACAUAAUCGAGUUCCCCGAGCCAGAGUCAGACCAUCCGGCGGCCUUUAAGCAAUCGCCCGUUCAAGCCAAUUUUGACCAGGCGCUGAUCUCCAUCUUCAAGGAUGCUCUACACUGGCGAGCGGGCAAAGACAAAAUCACAAGGGAGCGUUAUACAUUCGUCUUCCCUUCGAUGGGAGCCUCAUACGUCAGCGAGGACAUGUUCUCUCAAAAAGACAAAGACGGAAACAGGCUAACCGCACCGAUCGUAGUUUGUCUGUGGCCGAUCGCCUACCGCUCCACGCGAAGCGCUCGUGAUCCUAGAAAUUUCGAGGAUCGGCUCAGGGUUUCGAAGGGUGUGGUCCUUUGA